GCGAUCUGCGAUGAGAUCUGAGCGUAACUGCGCGAUUUGCAGCCUCUCGCGGCGUAAACCAUGCUGCACCUGUCCAAGCUCCUGGUGCUUGCCGCAUGCGGCGUCGAGGCAAUGCGGCCAAGCACCGGCAAAGCACCAAAGUGCUCGCGGCGGCAGUCCUUUGCAGCGGCCGCAGCGCUAAUCGUGCCGACGGCAGUAGUCUUGCCGACCGCCGCCACCGCGGCGACGGCGGAGCAGGUCGAACGAGCCGCGAAGCAGGGCAUCUUGAAAUGCUUCGAGAAGCGCGACGACAAGCUGGUGAACGUGUGCAAGCUCCAGGAGAUCGAGGAACGCAAGGCCCACGAGGGCGACGCGCCGCGCCAAGUCACCGCCGAGGUGCCGGUCGACAUGGAUGCGUUGCGAGUAGCGCGAGAGAAGGCGGCGGAGAAGCGGGCCAGCAUCAAGCUGCGCGAGACGCCCGAGUGGCUGAGCGGGUCCAAGUCGGGCGAGGCCGGCGUCGCCGCGCGCGAGCGCCUGCCCGGGCCCUUUGGCGGUGGUAAGAAGAAAGAAAAAGCGCCGAAGAAGAAGGAAAAGAGCGAAAGAGAGCUCCGCGCCGCGGCCGAGGCGGCAGCGAGGGAGGCCGCUGCUGCAGGACUUCCCGAAGACUGGGUGGAGGUCACGGACGAGGCGUCGGGACGCGUCUUUUACGGGAACGUGAAGACGGGUGCGACGCAGUUCGAGCGGCCUCAGUAACAACACACUAAAU